AUGGGGUAAACUUGUAGCAUAAGCACUUGUUGUUCAAAAGAAGAAUUACAUACGAUGAAAAAUUCAAGUAGAUCUAUUGAAAUAUAAUCUAAAAAAUUGAAUGUUUCUCAUUAAAUAAACGAAGAAUAAGAAAAAGUUAAAGAAAAAAUAUCGAAGAAAAAAAGUGAUACUAUGUCAGAAGUGAUAUCUUCUUAACAUAGUAAAGUGUCUAUAAAAUAAAUUGAGAAGAAUCUUACAAUGCAGAAUUAGAGUUACACACUAAAUCCUCUUAUUUAGAAAACUAUAGGAAUAAAUGAAAGGAUUAAACUUUCAGUAUAAUAAAUGAUAAUUAGGCAAUAUAAUUACAAAAUGGUGCUGUGUAUUAAGGGGAAUGGUUAAAUGGAAAGAGGGAUGGAUAUGGAAAGUAAGAAUGGCCUGAUGGAUCAAUAUAUGAGGGUGAAUGGAAAGAGGAUAGAUCCUGUGGAAAAGUAUAAAAUUUAUAAUAGUUUAGGGAAAAUUAAUCCAUGCAGAUGGAGAUAUAUAUGAUGGUGAUUGGUUAGAUGAUGCAGCAAAUGGUUUAGGAACUUAUUUUCAUCUAAAUGGAGCAAAAUAUUCAGGAGAAGUAAUUUGGUUAAUUAAUUGAAAAAGUGGUUGAAUGAUUAUUAACAUGGAAAUGGUACUGAAAUAUGGCCUGAUGGUGCUAGAUAUGAAGGAUAUUAUUAUUAUGGAAAAAAACAUGGAAAAGGAUAAUUAAAUUUUGCGGAUGGUUCAUGUUAUUAAGGUAUAAGUUUAAUAAAUUUAAAGGGGAUUUUAUUGAUAAUUAAAUUCAAGGAUUUGGAAAUUAUAUAUGGCCAGAUGGAAGAUUUUAUGUAGGUUAAUGGUAUUAAAAUAAAAUGUAAGGUUAUGGAGAAAUUAAAUGGGAUGAUGGGAGGAAGUACAAAGGAGUAAAAUUUAUAUUUUAAUAAUAGUUUUAUUAAGAUGAUAAAAAACAUGGAAAAGGAAUUUUUUAUUGGGAAGAUGGAAGAAAAUUUAUUGGGACUUGGGCUUAAGGUAAAUAAAAUGGUGUUGGUAUAUAUUUUUAAUCAGAUAAUUCAUCCAGGAUUGGUGAAUGGUAAAAUGGAAGAAGAAUCAAAUGGUACAAUCAAAAUGAAAUUAAUGAAUUAUAAAAUUAAGGUAUUCUUGAUGAUCUUAAAAAUUAAUGA